AUGCCACAGAAAGCACAGGCUGCCGAGCGGCCGUACCGAUCCCAUCUCCGGCCAGCCUGCGUUCCAUGUCGCCGCCGGAAGUCGAGGUGCCAGAUCGAGGCCGAUUCCGAAACCUGUGUCACUUGCCGCGCUCACCGCACCAGCUGCUUCUUUCCAGAUAUCAAACGAAACGCGGAAAGCCGAGAAGCCAGCCACGGGGGUCUUCCGAGGGAUGAUGGAUCGAGGCCGAGACCAAGGCGACCACCCUCUCAGGGCGCCGUCACGCCAUCGGCGAAACCAUCAAGGACGUCAUCCUCCACUUCUGCUCCAAAGCCCCCUCGGGGCACCCCAUCGGUCGCAGGAGUCACCAUGAGGACGGCAGCUCUCAUGGAGCCAUCGUCCACUGCCGCCUUUCCCCCGGGUCGACCCUCGGUUUCGGAUCCUUCAGGCCAUGGCCUGUCGACGGCAACGACUAGAUCGGAGCCACAGUCUCCCGUGCCCCUGGGCUCGUGCGAUGACCAUCACGUAAACCUUCACAUUGUCGGACCUACCGACACCAACGAUAGCCAAGUGCUGUCAGAUUAUCUCGUCGCCAUUCCCGAGGCCAUGCGCGGCACCCGCAUGGUCGUGCCCGAGUCCGCCGGACCUUCGAAGCCCGUCCUGUUCACCAUGGUCCGAAAGCUCCCCCUCGGCCUGCAGGUGAAUCGGAGCCUGUCGGCGGAAAAGCUUGAAAUCAUCGAGCAGUUGCUCGGGGACCAUGUCGACGCCGUCAUUGAUGAGUAUUUCAUCAAGGCCAACGACUGCCUGCCACUUGUGGAUGAGCAUUCGUUUCGGCAGCAAUAUAGGGACGGCAAAUCCCGCCUUUCGCCGGCCCUCCUCUCCUGCAUGUACGCCAACACCCUCGUGUACUGGCGACACUCGCCCAAACUGUCCCUUCACAAAAGCCCGGACAGCAGGUUCGUCUGGAACCUCGCCAACGAAGCUCUCUACUCGGAGCUCCACGUAUCACCAGGAAUCUCCAUCAUCAAGGCGAUUCUGCUCAACAUUGGCGGCCGGCCGACGACCUCGCUCAUCGGAAACGGCGUCCUGCUCGGUUCUGCCGUGUCCAUGGCUCACUCCCUCGGUCUCAAUCACAGCCCACUGACGUGGAAGAUUCCUCGGUCGGAAAAGAAUCUGCGAAUGAAGACUUGGUGGGCAUUGCUUCUGCACGACAGGUGGAUAAGUCUGGCACAUGGCACACCACCGCACAUCUCGCGGGACCAAUGCAACGUCCCCUUACCGGAGCUCGAGUAUCUCUGCGACGACGAUCCGUCCGACAAACAGGUGAGGACUGCCUCGGUCUUCAUCGCCUUGUGCAACUUGACCAACGUGCUCGACAAUCAUCUGCAACACGUCUAUCGUCUCGGCAGAGACAGGCCUUGGGGAACUACCAAGCUUGAGCUGUCCCUGAACGGUUGGGUCGAGUCGCUGGCCGGCUGCACGAGACUCAUCGUCGUCCGCGGCUCGAACCUUGAAAUCCCCGGGGCCGCCAAUCUUCGGCUUGCCUACCUUACCACCCGCCUGCUGCUGCAACGCAUCGAGCUCGAGUCGGCCAAGCAGACGUAUCCACCGGCAAAUCAGAAUCUGAUGAACCGCUACAUCGAGGCACGCCGCACGUCGGAGGAGAUUCUCUUUCUCGUCCAGGAGCUGCAGCCGCAACAGCUCGGCGACUUUUGGCUGUCCGUCAGUGCAUUUGCCUUUCCCGCAACCGUCAACUUUCUUCUGCGGUGCGGUCUCGAAUCAGAAAGUUCUCUGUCAAGACUGGCGCAGAGCACCUCGUUUCGAAUUGCCAGGGGUUUGAUCGAUGCGCUCCGAAGUCAUCAAGAGGUGUCCGGCUGGGAUCUUGGAGACGUCUGUCUCGCGCAGCACGCCGACGUGGUCGACAAGGUUUUGGGGGGCGCUCUGCCAGAUGAGCAGAGAAAUUUUACCAUGGCGGAUAUCGAGGAUUUUGUCAUGCCAGACAUAUCCUUUCUUGACCAGUAUUUUCCGAGUCUUUGGGAUCCGUUGCAGAAUGUGUGGUGA